AUGACGGAGCGCGCCCCCUGCCGUCCGUCCAGCGAGCAGCCGCGUCGGUACGUUCGGGUGUAUGUGGUUCUCCUGGGCAUUGACAUCCUCUCAGCGCUGGUGUCCCGCUUGCAGGAUCGCUUCAAGGCCCAGAUUGGCACAGUGCUGCCAAGUUUACUUGAUAGACUGGGAGACUCUAAGGACUCGGUGAGGGAGCAGGAUCAGACCUUGCUGCUAAAAAUCAUGGAACAAGCUGCUAACCCUCAGUAUGUGUGGGACAGGAUGCUCGGAGGAUUCAAACACAAGAAUUUUCGGACAAGAGAAGGGAUCUGCCUCUGCCUUAUUGCAACACUCAAUGCAUCUGGAGCUCAGAGUUUAACGCUGAGUAAGAUAGUGCCACAUAUAUGUAACCUACUUGGAGAUCCAAACAGCCAGGUUCGAGAUGCAGCAAUGAACAGCCUUGUGGAAAUUUACAGACAUGUUGGUGAACGUGUAAGGGCUGAUCUCAGUAAAAAAGGAUUACCCCAAUCUCGGUUGAAUGUAAUUUUUACAAAAUUCGAUGAGGUCCAAAAAUCUGGAAACAUGAUCCAGAGUUCAGGUG